AUGGCUCAGCUGGGCGCCAUCUUGACAAUCCGGCGCGUCCCCACCCUGCUCUCGCUCAACCAGGACGCGGACGCCCCUGGGUGCGGCAAUGCCUGCCUGGAGGAGUGCUGGGAGGCGCCAGGUGCCGUCAUUCCGCUGUACACGUACGCGCGGCGCUACUGCAGCAAGCCCAAGCGCACACGCUCAUUUGGCGACCUGCACACCGUCCCCGACAUUGACCCCCCCAGCAACAGCAGCGGCAGCGACAGCGACAGCGAGCCCGACAAGAGCUGCCUGGACCAGCUCCUCGUGGCACAGUGGGAGGAUCGCGCGGAGAGGGGUCUUUUCCGCUAUGACGUGACUGCCUGCGAAACCAAGAUGCUGGCGGGGGAGUACGGCUUCAUUGCACAGCUGAACGAGGGGCGCCACCUGAAGAAGCGGCCCACCGAGUUCCGCGUGGACCAGGUGCUGCAGCCGUUUGACGCCGCCAAGUUCAACUUCACCAAGGUGGACCCCGCCGAGGUGCUCUUCCGCUUUGAGCAGUCAGAGGACGGCCGCUCCGACUACUACGAGCACGCGCCCGUCUCCGACAGCCCCAACGUCGUUAUUAUCAAUGUGAGCCCCAUUGAGUACGGCCACGUGCUGCUGGUGCCGCGCGUGCUGGACUGCCUCCCGCAGCGCCUCGACGUUGACAGCCUGCUCCUUGCGCUGCACUUUGCGCACGAGGCCGACAACCCAUACUUGCGCCUUGGCUACAACUCGCUCGGCGCAUUCGCCACGAUCAACCACCUGCACUUCCAGGCGUAUUACUUGAACGCGCCGUUCCCCGUGGAGCGCGCGCCCACCGUGUGCUUCUCCCCCAAGAAGCGCAAGCGCGCCGUCAAGGUGUGCGAGCUGCGCCAGUACCCGGUGCGCGCGCUUGUCUUUGAGGUGGGCGCCAGCCUGCCGGAGCUCGCCGCCGCCGUGGGCCGCGUCUGCGCGCGCCUGCAGGACCGCAACCGCCCCUUCAACGUGCUCAUUGCCGACAGCGGCGCGCGCGUGUUUGUGUUCCCCCAGUGCUACGCGGAGCGGCAGGCGCGCGGCGAGGUGGCAGCGGCGGUGCUGGACACGCAGGUCAACCCGGCCGCGUGGGAGAUCAGCGGGCACAUGGUGCUCAAGCGCCGCGAGGACUACGACGCCGCCACGCAGGAUUGGGCGUGGGCGCUGCUGGCGGAGGUGUCGCUGGACGCGGCCGCCUUCCACGAGGUCAAGCAGUGGUGCCUCGACGAGGGCGACCCCGCACAGGCGCCCGACGAGGCGCAGCCGCAGCCGCCCAAAGGGGCGGGGGCCAAGGCGGUGCAGCACGCGUAUGACGACGGGGAGCUGGCGCUGUUUGAGGACCUGCUGUACCCCGGCGCGGGCGCGGAGGACGCGGACGGGGUGGUGCCCCAACUGGCGGCGUAG